AUGGCUUCCACCAGUCCUAGUGCCACUCCUACCCUGGAGGAAAAGCAUAGCGGCGUUCCGACGAGGCUGACGACACAGGCCCAGAGAGCAAAGGAACUACUGUUCUCGCGCCGAACCAAAUCUGAGAGUACCAGCAGUAGCGGCCGAAAAGUACAAUUACCGCCGUACACAACCCAGGAGAAGUUCGAUGAAGCCAUCACGAAACUGAAGGCCGCUGUUGGCGACCAAUGGGUACAUGUCAAUGAUGGAGCUCUUGUCGAUGGCUGGUACAUGGAACAUCCCAAUACCCACGACAGCAAUCACGUAGCAGAUCAGGAAGCGCUCGUCGCCAGCGCAGUGGUAUAUCCGUCCACAGUCGAAGAGGUCCAGGCUAUUGUUCGAUGGGCCAACGACACCUUGAUACCCCUUCACCCUAUAUCUAUGGGACGAAACUUGGGGUACGGAGGUGCGGCGCCGAGAGUAUCCGGAUCUGUCGUGGUCGACCUUGGAAAGCGUAUGAACAAAGUCCUCAAGAUCGACGGUCAAAACUACUCCUGCCUUCUCGAGCCCGGAGUUUCAUACUUCGCACUCUAUGAAGCCGUCAAGAAGACUGGACUUCCCUUGUGGAUCGACUGCCCUGAUCUGGGUGGAGGAAGUGUCAUGGGAAAUGCACUGGACCGUGGUGUCGGCUACACCCCGUACGGCGACCACUUCGGCAUGCACUGCGGAAUCGAGAUCGUCCUUCCAGAUGGCAGUCUACUACGUACCGGCAUGGGCGCCUUACCAGGUGAGAAUGACACUGACAAUUUGACGUGGCAAUCAUUUCAAAACGCCUAUGGUCCCAUCGUCGACGGAAUGUUCAGUCAAUCCAAUUUUGGCAUCGUGACCAAGAUGGGUUUCUGGCUCAUGCCUGCCACGGGAAAUCAAUCAUACCUAGUUACCUUCCCUCGAGAAGAAGACUUUGAGCAACUCGUCGACCUGAUUGGACCCUUGGCUGCAAGCCGAGUCUUUGGAAACGUGCCACAGAUUCGGCAUGUGGUGCAGGAACUCGCCGUUACCGGCAAACCUAGGAGCCAUUUCUGGCCCGAGGGGAGCAAUACUGCGGGAAGAUUGCCACGGGACGUCAUUGACCGAGAAGCAGCCAAACUGCCCCUCGGGAAUGUAAGCUGGAUUUUCUAUGGAUGUCAGUAUGGCGACGAAGCAACCAUUAAAUCUCAACUCGAGCUCAUCAAAUCGACGUUCGCCAAAGUCCCAGGCUCCAAGUUUUACCUUCCUUCCGACCUUCCCGAUGACCACUACCUCCACGACCGGGCGAAGGUCAACAAAGGCGAGCCGGUGUUGAAAGAACUCGACUGGCUGAAUUGGCUCCCCAAUGGCGGGCACAUUGCAUGCAGUCCUAUCCUGCCGACAACCGGCAAACACGCUCGGACAUUCAUGGACAUUGCAGAGCGGCUUUAUGCAAAAUGGGGCUUCGACUCGUUCAGCACAUUAUGCGUUGCUGGUCGCGAGAUGCAUUUCAUCUCCGAGAUCGUCUUUGAUCGAGAGGAUGCCGAUAGCAAGCGUCGUGCCGCGUGCUUGAUGCGGGAGCUCAUCGAUGAAGGUGCCAAAAAGGGGUAUGGAGAGUACAGGACACAUCUUCUGUAUAUGGAUCAAGUAGCCGGCACCUACAAAUGGGGCAACGGCGCUUUGGGACGGUUCAAUGAGACCAUCAAAGACGCGCUGGAUCCCAACGGUAUAAUGAGUCCUGGACGGAACGGCAUCUGGGGAAAGAGAUGGAGAGAGAAGGGAUGGAAG